AUGCUGCCGCUGCUCGCCUCCGCCGGCCACAACGUCACCGCCAUCGACCUGGCUGCUUCCGGCAUCGACCCGCAACAGAUUGACGCUGUCCGGACCUUUUCCCAGUACUCGCAGCCGCUCAGGGAUUACCUGGCCUCUCUCCCGCCGGCGGAGAAGGUGGUCCUUGUCGCCCAUAGCUUCGGCGGGCUUGCGGCUGCUCAAGCCAUGGAAAUUUUCCCCGGCAGAAUCUCUGUGGCGGUUUUCAUUGCCGCCUUCAUGCCGGGGCCUUCCUACUCUGCCUCCACACUUUUCCAGGAGUAUCUAAACCAGGAAGGCCCCCAACUGGACAACCGUUUCACGUAUGAGAAUGGGCCUAGUAACCCUCCAACCACGCUGACUUUUGGGCCCAACUACUUGUUACGCAACUUGUAUAAUCUCAGCCCAAUCCAGGAUUGGGCGUUGGCUACAACACUGGUAAGGCCAACGCGUUUCUUUGAUGUUAAAGAGAUCGUGUUGACGCAGAGCAAUUACGGUUCCGUGAAAAGAGUGUUCAUUGCUACGGACGUAGAUUUUGAUGUACCCAGACAAUUUCAAGAAAGAAUCAUAUCGCAGACUCCGCCAGAUGAGCUACAUCAAAUAUUGGGGUCGGAUCAUGUACCAAUGGCGUCAAGGCCUCUACAACUCCAGAAUUGCUUGCUUGCUAUUGGUGGAAGAUAUUAG